AUGGAAAAACAAAAUUACUCCACAGUGUCUGAGUUUAUUUUACUGGGGCUCACAGAGAUUCGUGAGUUACAGAUACUCUCUUUCUUGUUUUUUUCCAUUAUCUACAUAGCCACUGUACUAGGCAACCUCACCAUAAUCUUUGUAGUGAAAUUGGACCCUCAGCUGCAUUCUCCCAUGUACUUCCUAUUGGCCAACCUCUCCUUCAUUGAUAUGUCCCUGGCUUCCUUUGCUACUCCUAAAAUGAUUUGUAACUUAGUCAGUGAAUAUAAGAGCAUCUCCUAUGAAGGCUGCAUGGCCCAAAUAUUUUUUCUUCAUCUUUUAGGUGGGAGUGAGAUGAUGUUGCUUGUAGCCAUGGCAAUUGACAGAUACAUAGCUAUAUGCAAACCCCUUCGUUACAAAACUAUUAUGAGUAACCGUGUUUGCACUGGACUUGCACUUCUUUCGUGGACUGCUGGUUUUACGCACACCAUGAGCCAAAUGGUUUUCACAGUGACUUUACCAUUCUGUGGGCCCAACGCUGUGGAUAGCUUUUUUUGUGAUCUGCCUCGGGUGAUCAAACUUGCCUGCACUGACACUUACAUCUUAGAGCUCUUAGUUAUUGCUUUUAGUGGAGUGCUCUCUUUGUUCUGUUUCAUCUUUCUUUUUAUAUCCUAUAGCAUCAUUCUAGUUACCGUCUAUCACCGUUCCUCCAGUGGGUCCUCCAAGGCUUUAUCUACUCUUUCAGCCCACAUUACAGUGGUGGUACUGUUCUUUGGACCUUGUAUCUUUAUUUAUGUGUGGCCAUUCAGCAGUAUUUCUGUAGAUAAAAUCCUUUCUGUGUUUUACACAAUUUUUACUCCCCUUUUAAAUCCAAUCAUAUACACAUUCAGGAAUAAAGAUAUGAAGAAGGCAAUACGGAAAAUAAGGACCAAGCAAGUGAAUUCCAGGUCAACCUUUUAA